AAUAAAAGAUGAUUCUUACUGGACUUCUAGGAAGAACAUGGUAAUGUGAGUUGCUGAAGCGUUUUAAUUACUCUUUAUCAAUCAUAUGGAAAUGAUCCACAGUACCACCAUAUUUCGAGUGCCACGUAAGAUCAGUUCCAUUUAUGACGUCAUUUACAUCAGUGGUUCUUCUUGAAAACAUAAAACAAGAUGGCGUACCAAUCCUUCCAAGCAGAAUACAUGCAAAUGCCCACUGUAACACGGGCUUAUACGACUGCCUGUGUCUUUACGACGUUAGCUGUGCAAUUGGACAUAAUUACACCGUUUCAACUGUAUUUCAAUCCAGAGUUGAUAUUCAAGCAAUACCAGCUGUGGCGACUGUUUACAAACUUUCUCUUUUUUGGAACGAUCGGUUUUAAUUUUUUAUUUAAUAUGAUAUUCACAUAUCGUUAUUGCAGGAUGCUAGAGGAAGGAUCAUUUCGUGGAAGAACUGCAGAUUUUGUGUUCAUGUUUUUGUUUGGUGCGUUUGUCAUGACCCUAAUUUCAUUGGGUAUAAAUAUAGUUUUUUUAGGCCAGGCGUUUACCAUAAUGUUGGUUUACGUUUGGAGCAGAAGAAACCCUUAUAUCAGAAUGAAUUUCUUUGGUCUGCUGAACUUUCAGGCACCGUAUUUGCCAUGGGUGUUACUUGGCUUCUCAUUGAUGUUAGGAAAUGCUGUCAUUGUUGACUUAAUGGGUAUUGCUGUUGGUCAUGUCUAUUAUUUUCUGGAAGAUGUUUUCCCAGAACAGCCAGGUGGAUUCAAAAUGUUAAAAACACCAUCAAUUCUGAAAACAAUAUUUGACGGUCAGCCUGCGGAUCCAAAUUACGAACCAAUGCCGGAAGACCGACCUGGUGGGUUUCAAUGGGGUGCACGUGAGGAAAUUGAAGAUGAGAGAUAAUUUGUUGCUGACAAUGAGUCGAAGCAAUGAUGCCAUGUGCAAAGCGAGACCUAAAAUAGAAAUUUCUACCUGAAGGAAAAAAAUCAUCGGUCUCUGCUAGUGUCAUUCAAGAUAGAUGAAGAGUGUCCAAUUCUCCAAUUUAUAUUAAAAUUAUCAGCAGUUGUACAUACUGUAUAUAAUAAUAAAGACAGUAUCUCAUUGAAUGCAUCAAUAUUUUAGUAAAU